UUUGAGUACUUCAACCACUCUCAUCCUGCCAAGUGUCCUGUGAUGUGUUGUCACCCUCAGCAAUUUCGCACUCUUCGACGAAGCACCCACCGACGACACCUUAUUAAACGAACGUAUGUGAGCUCAGCCCCUUUCCAUACAAAGCGCAUGUCUCUCUGGAAUCCAUCCCCUGCUGGUUUCUCGCGCUCUAAAACGCAAAGCGAUUGAGAAGCAGAGAGAGACACGCAGAGAGAGAGAGAGAGAGAUGCAGCAGAGAGGCAGAGCGCUUGACCGCAGAUCUAGGAGCUUCUCCAGGACCCGCGUUGCCAUCGAGACUUGCUAGAACAGCACCUCCGUCCGAUUCUGAAUUCUGAACCCCAACCAAAGUUCCGAUCUCAUUCCAUUGUCUUUCGCAUUCUAUCAUCUCUUCUUCCAUCUCAAUCGCUAUCCCAAGCUUCCUCUGCACAAUGGCUGCUGCUGCUCCUGGAGAAGAGCGUGUGGUUCAGAAGAGCUACUGGGUCGAGCAUUCUGUCGACCUCACCGUGGAGGCAAUGAUGCUUGAUUCCAAGGCUUCCGACCUCGACAAAGAAGAGAGACCUGAAGUACUCUCUCUUCUCCCACCAUAUGAAGGAAAAUCGAUUUUGGAGCUAGGGGCAGGCAUUGGUCGUUUUACUGGUGAAUUAGCUCAAAAGGCGAGCCAGGUUCUAGCUCUGGAUUUCAUUGAAAGUGUGAUAAAGAAGAAUGAAAGUAUUAAUGGCCAUUAUAAGAAUGUUAAGUUCAUGUGUGCUGAUGUGACAUCUCCAGAUCUGAACUUUUCAGCAGAAUCAAUGGACUUAAUUUUCUCAAAUUGGCUGCUGAUGUAUCUAUCUGAUGAGGAGGUUGGGGCUUUAGCAGAAAGGAUGGUCAAAUGGUUAAAGGUUGGAGGGUUUAUUUUCUUCAGGGAGUCAUGUUUUCAUCAAUCUGGAGACUCCAAGCGAAAAAACAACCCAACCCACUACCGUGAACCUAGAUUUUAUACGAAGAUCUUUAAAGAAUGCCAUAUGCAAGAUGGUUUUGGGAAUUCCUUUGAGCUCUCUCUUGUUGGAUGCAAAUGCAUUGGAGCUUAUGUGAGGAACAAAAAGAAUCAAAAUCAGAUUUGCUGGAAAUGGCAGAAAGUCAGUUCACAAGAUGAUAGGUGUUUCCAGCGAUUCUUGGAUAAUGUUCAGUAUAAAUGUAAUGGGAUAUUACGAUAUGAGCGGGUCUUUGGGGAAGGUUUUGUGAGCACAGGAGGAAUUGAUACAACGAAAGAAUUUGUGUCAAAACUGGAACUUAAGCCUGGCCAGAGAGUCCUAGAUGUGGGCUGCGGAAUUGGGGGAAGUGAUUUCUACAUGGCUGAGAACUUUGAUGUUGAGGUUGUGGGCAUUGACCUAUCCAUAAAUAUGAUUUCUUUUGCUCUUGAGCGUGCCAUUGGACUCAAAUGUGCUGUUGAAUUUGAAGUUGCGGAUUGUACCAAGAAAACAUAUCAGGACAACUCAUUUGAUGUGAUCUAUAGUCGUGACACCAUUCUUCAUAUUCAAGACAAACCUGCAUUAUUUAAGUCCUUCUUCAAGUGGUUAAAGCCAGGAGGCAAAAUUCUUAUUAGUGAUUACUGCAAAAGAGCUGGAUCUCCAUCCCCCGACUUUCAAGAGUAUAUCAAGCAAAGAGGCUAUGAUCUUCAUGAUGUAAACGAAUAUGGGCAGAUGCUUAGGGAUGCUGGUUUUGACGAGGUUGUUGCAGAGGAUCGAACUGAUCAGUUCAUGCAGGUUUUACAAACGGAAUUGAGCGCUGUUGAGAAGGGCAAGGAUGCGUUUAUCAAUGACUUCUCUGAAGAAGACUAUAAUGAAAUAGCUGGGGGUUGGAAGGCAAAGAUGAACAGGAGUUCCUCCGGGGAGCAGAGGUGGGGACUGUUCAUUGCCAAGAAAAAGUGAUUUCUGAAUUAAAUUUCAUUUCUCUGGUUUAUUAAAUAAUCACUGCAAUGAAAUAAAUUUUUUUAUUUGGAGGGGUGGGUGAAAUUUAGCAGCAGUUAACCCAGUGAGUGAGCACGGCUGGGCUGCCUGCCCCUCUUCUACUUCUUUGCUAGAAAUAAUACAUGUUGGUAUUUGAUUUAUAGCUUCUGCUUUCGUAAGUCUAUUUAUUAAGGAAAAACGGUGAUAUGAUUGGAGAGACGAGACUGUUCCAUGAGCUUACUAUUAAAAUUAUAAAUAAUCAAAUUGGAGUCAUUUUAUUUUA